AUGUAUUUUUUCCCUUUCUUAUUUUCAAAUUUCAUAGAACUUUUCCCACCUGCCUUUAUUACUAAGCCUGAUCCAUUGACAUUGUAUGUUGGGAAAAAGGCAAACAUUCAGUGUGUAGUCACUGGAUCUUCACCGAUGACUAUUGUCUGGCAUAAAGACAACAAUGCCAUUUCUUCGGGGGGAAACUACAAAAUCUCCUCAGAAAAUAAUAAAUAUAUUCUUGAAAUAUCAAAACUUGAACUUACGGAUCAAGGUGUUUACCUGUGUAAAGCGUUCAACAGUGUUGGAACUGCUGUGUGCAGCAUGGAGAUGAAGGUCAUCAACAAACCCUAUUUUGUGAAAACACUUGAAUCAGUGUCAGUCGCUGUUGGAAAUCCACUGCACCUUGAGUGUCAGUUGGAUGAGGAUACCGGAGUGUCCAUCACCUGGAUAAAAGAUGGCAAAAAGCUCCAUCAAACAAUGGAUUGUAAACAGUCUUUUGAAGAUAAGAUGGUCACUCUUGAUAUUUCAAAAGGAAAACUUAAAGACACUGGAAACUAUGUCUGUACAGCUGCCAAUGAUGCUGGAAGCACAAGUUGCUCCACUUCAAUAAAGGUUCAAGCAAUGACUUCUUAA